AUGACCGACACGGCGAGAACAACCUUCGAGGAGGACAAGGACAAGGGGUGGCACGAUGCGCGCUCGGACGUCGCGCCGCACGCGUACGACAUCGCGGUGCUCGCGGACGAGAAGGCGACGCUCCCCGUCGGCACGUUCGACCCGGUGUACGAGGCCAAGGCGCGCGUGCUGAACCGCGCGAUCCAAGACAUCGGGAUGGGGUGGUACCAGUGGCAGCUGUUUGUGGUGGUCGGCUUCGGGUGGGCCGCGGACAACAUGUGGCCGAUUGUGACGUCGCUGAUCCUGCCGCCUGUUGCACGCGAGUUCGGCGUCGCGCGCCCCCCGCUCCUCACGCUCGCGCAGAACAUCGGCUUGCUCGCCGGGGCGCUGUUCUGGGGCUUUGGAUGCGACCUCUUCGGCCGCAAGUGGGGCUUCAACCUCACGCUGGGCAUCACCGCUGUUUUCGGCAUGAUCUCUGCGUCGUCGCCGACGUUUGCGGCCGUCGGCGUCUUUGCAGCCCUUUGGUCGUUUGGCGUUGGCGGAAACCUCCCCGUCGACUCGGCCGUGUUCCUCGAGUUCCUCCCGCCGAACAAGCAGUGGCUGCUUUCCGUCCUGUCGGUCGACUGGGCACUGGCGCAGGUGCUUGCGGCGGGUGUUGCGUGGCCUCUCAUCGGCACCAUGACGUGCGCCGCAGACGAGCCAUGCACACGCAAAGCGAACAUGGGGUGGCGCUACUUUGUGAUCACGAUGGGUGCCGUCGCACUGCUCAUGUUCGUGUGCCGGUUCUUCUUCUUCACGAUCUACGAGAGCCCCAAGUACCUGAUGGGCAAGGGGCGGGACGAGGACGCGGUGCGGAUUGUGCAAGAAGUCGCGCGGCGGAACGGGACGACGUCGAGCCUCACGCUCGACGACCUAAAGGCGUGCGAGCCGGCCGGCUACGAGGCGCAGACGGACGCGCGUGCGGCGCUCAAGCGCAAGCUCGAGAGCUUGAACGGUGCGCAUGUGCGCCAGCUCUUCCGCACGCGCAAGCUCGCCUUCUCCACCGCCCUCCUCAUCUGCAUCUGGGCGUUCAUCGGCCUCGCGUACCCGCUCUACAACGCCUUCCUGCCGUACAUACAGGAGAACAACCCGCGCCUCAAGUCCGAGAUGGCGAGCCAAACGGACACGACGUACACGACGUACCGGAACAUGCUGAUUAUCGCGUCGCUCGGCGUGCCCGGCGCCAUCAUCGGCGGGCUGCUCACCGAGACGCGCGCGGGCCGCCGCGGCGUCCUCGGCACCGCGACCGCGCUCGUCGGCGUCUUCCUCUUCGCGUCCACCACCGCAAACAAGGUCAACACCCUCCUCGCCUGGAACUGCAUGUACAACUUUUUCUCCUCCGUCAUGUAUGCCGUCUUGUACGCGUACACGCCCGAGCUCUUCCCCACCGCGUCUCGCGGCACAGGCAAUGCGCUCACCGCGAGCGCGAACCGCAUCUUCGGCGUCAUGGCGCCCAUCAUCGGCAUGUUUGCAGAUCUCUCCACACCCGUCCCGGUGUACGUGUCCGGUGCGCUCUUCAUCCUCGCGGGAUGCCUCGUUUUUAUCCUCCCUUACGAGUCGCGCGGCACGGCCGCGCUGUAG